AUGCCCAGCAAGAUCGGUAAAACAAGACCCAACCAUGGAUCCAAUCAUGGACCCAAGCACUCUAGCUCACUUCAAUCAUUAAACGACUACAUUGCUUCUGCUAGUUCAUCUGUAGAUAAUGAGCCCAAUUUGACAAAUAAUCUCAACCCUACUCACAAUUGCUCUACUAGUGUUGACACUAGAUUGUACCCAACUAUUGAUCCAAUAGCUGAUGAAGAAUUGGCCGCUAAAACUAAUAGUAUGAGCAUGAGUAACCAAGACAACAUUGAAUUGUUGGAUAAUGAGCUGACUAAUAACCUCAACAUACAAGACAUGUCAGUUGAUGAAAUUGUUGGUAAAACUUUUCUCAAACACAAUAAUGCUAAACUAGAUACAAACAGAACUCUUCUUGACACUGAUCAGAUUUUAGAAAUUGUAUCUGUUAUUGCUAGCCCACACAACCCUAUGACCUUAAAUUUCCAACAUGUUGUAAAAGCCACUCUCAGAAUACUCUCUGAUGACAUUAAAUACGAAAUCACCACAGAAAGAAAGGCUUUUAAAAACCAUAAAGACAGAAAACAUGUUUGGGAGUUAUGGAAGGAAAGAAUGAAGAAUAUUAACAAACUAUUAUCUGAGAACAAGAAAAGUAGUAAUGUCCAACAAGACAAUGAAGAAUUCAACAUCAAUGACAUAGCAGUGAAGGAAAUCACUCCUCCCAGAUAUAUUGCUGUUAGAUAUAGCAAAAUAUUUGAAGAGAAUGAGGUAAUUGAAUUAAUUAAGGACAAACUUAGUGGCAAAUAUGUCACCAUCAAUCCGAUUAUUAAGCUCAAUAAUACCAUAAUUGUCACUAUUGAAGAUUGCGCUCAAGUAGAACAGGCAGUUGAAACAUUACGUACAAAAUUUAAAGAAGUCAAUAUCACUUCAUCAUGUGAAAACGACACCAACAAAAUUAUACGUGUCCAUAAUAUUCCAAUAGGAGAACUAUGGAAAACUACAGUCAAGGCAGAUUGGAGGAAUGCUAUUGAAAGCGAUACUGGUGAACCCAUUGUUGAAAUUGCUACAGCUAGAAUUGGUAAAGAAAUGGCAGCAGUGAUCACUGUCAAAAGUAUGAAAGCCAGAAAUAAUCUAUGUAAGGCAAAAACAUAUGAUAUCACUAUUCCUAGAACAGAGGAAACAGUCACUAUGAAAAUCGACAUACCAUUCAACUAUGCAAUGGAUGUACAAUACUCUGACAUCAUUGGUAGAUGGCCUGAAAGAAAUGAUUUGAUUAGAGCUAGAAUACAAACGGAAUCCUCUCUUGCCAGAAAAUACAAUAAUGACCAACCUGUAUCCAUACUUAUCAUCAAUCAAGAGAAGAGAAUAUGUUUGAUUAGACUCAACAAUCUAUCUAAUGCCAUCAGAUUGGUAAACCAUGCUGCAUAUGGAAUGAAUGAAUGGACAUUGGAUUUUGCUCUCAAUUAUCCAAUGCUAGAAGAUUUCCUGGAAAAGAAACCUGAUACAGUUCACAAAAUUUCACAAAAUUUAGGCAGAUCUUCUAAAAUUGCAGCGAAAGACGUUUCCUUUACUCUUGAAAAAGUGCAACAAGAUCAUCUAAAAGAAAUCAAGAGAAUUGAAGCUUCUAUGGAUAAAAGAAUUGCAGAACUUGAGGCAAGACAGAAUCAGAAAUUGGCUAUGGGAUUUAAGGAAAUGGCUAAUAUUAUCAGAGCAAAUAAUGAAGAAUUAAUGAUUACCAAUAGAAUUGCUACUCUAACAUUUCUGUCUGGUUGUACAAAAGAUAAUACCAAGAGGAAGAUAUAUCAAGAGGAAAUUGAUGAGUGUCACAAAAAGCUAAAACUACUUGAUUCACUUCAAGCAGAACCAUUAUCAGCCCUAAGAGGCUACCUCAACUCAAUCACUCCUGAUAUAAUCAUGCUCCAGGAAGUUAAAAGCGUCUACAUUGGUCCAGAUUUUCCCUCUAUAUAUUAUUCUUCAUUUACAUAUUAUCACAAUCCAAGAGAUUCCUGUGGUGUAUCUAUUUGCCUCAACAAAAGCACUUUCAAAGAUAUUGAAGAAAUCAUCUUAGAUCCGAUCAUUAAGAAUAACGCGCGAAUUAUUGGCGUGAAAUGUAAAAUCAAUUCAAUUAAUACUCUAGUAAUUUCUGCGUACUUUCCAAAUCAACCAGCUGACAGAUGUGAAUUCACAUAUAUUCUUGACAACCUAAUUGAAAAAUAUCCUAACUACAAAAUCAUUAUUGGAGGUGAUUACAAUGCGAUUUUAUCCGAGAAUCACUCCUCAAACGAAUCUAGAAGAACUGAUCAAAACAUACUAGAUCUUAUUAACAAGAGAAAUCUUAAUUACUAUCCUUUCCCUCAUUUAUCAUGGCACCUUCAUUAUACUAUUAACAAACAAUCCAAGUCUAUAAUAGAUUACAUAUCCACAGAUUUUCCAAUUGCAUCUGGAGAAGUACUGAAUGCCAACUUCAUAUCAGAUCACAAAAUGGUUAAAAUUCUACUUGACCUCUCAUGUCAACGAACACCUUUGUUAAUUCGGAAGAAGCGUAACUUUCAAGAUCCCAAAAAUAAGAAAGAAGUGCUGGCCAUUAGCAAAGAAUGUGUAUCUCAAGUUAAGAAUUUAGAAUCUGAUAACGACAAAUGGCUUUUCAUUUGUGAUAAACUAGGCGACAAAUUUGUGGAGGUCAAUCCACCUAAACUUGAUCCUAAAAUCUACAAAUAUAAUAAGCAAUAUAAGAAGCUCAUGUUAAUACUUGAUAGAAAUGAGCACGGAUAUCCUUGUGACAAACUUUUGACCACUAUUGGUAAAACUUUAGAACAGGUUCCAAAAUGUCUUGCAAGUGUCAAAGAGAAAAUCAAGAACCAUAUCAAAUGGAGCCAUGAUAAGGCUUUGAACAGAAAGAUGAAAUGGUGGGAACAAAACUAUGCAACCAACUCUAAACAUCUGAGAAAGAAAAUUUACAAAACGUCAUCACCACCAUACAAAUUAUCUAUCGAAGGAACUGAAAUUAGUGACCCCAAUGAAGUUGCCAAUGUGAUCAAGGACAAAUAUCAACAAAACCUCAACUUUAGAGGAAGAAAUCAUCAAAUUGACAUUACCAAGUUUUUCAAGUACAAACAUCCAUUAAUUGAUAAUUGCAAUGACAAAAUACUCGGUAGAAUUACCACGGAAGAGAAAGAAUGGAUAAUUCAGAAUUUGAAAUCCACAGCACCCAAUGAACUAGGUUUAAGACAAAAACUAUCAAAUACAUGUGUAAGGAAUUACAGGAGGAAAUUUUUCAAAUUAUUGAAAAUAUCAUUACAACUGGAUUUACUCCUGAAUCUAUGCAAAGUGUCAGCAUUCUCCCAAUUCACAAAAAGAAUAAGGACCACUCAAACCCUGCUAACUAUAGACCUAUUGCCCUUAUGGACUCAGGACUUAAAAUAG